ACCUCACAAAAAAUUAUUGUUGUUUACUGGGGCCAGCUGUAGCCUACUGUUUGGUGGAAAGACGGGGCGCGCAAACGUUCUCGGUCCCGAUGUUAUGGAAUUGCAGGAAUGACCAGUUAUUAAAUGAUUGAUAUGUAAUCAUGAAAUGCGCGUCACCGUGAUCCUGAGGUUUAGCAUGGUUCAUCCACUCAAAAUAUGCGUGGUAUGUUCUGUUUUUCCUCGCAUUAGCUAGCGAGUCCUUGGUGGAGAAUGCAAACAAAAGUCCACGUCGUAUUACUAUCCAAACCACAGACAUUUAUUCAGUUAAUGCUGGAUGCUUGGGAUUGAGCUGGGGUGUGCAUAAAUAUAUACAUCUCACAGAGCCUCGAAUUUGAACCGAGCAUCCUGAAGCAUAUCGUUUGAUAACAUGAUAAUGUCGCGCCUUCAAUUAUAAUUUUCGUUAAUGUAGUCAUGGAAUAUUUCACAGGCACGUACUUGACCCAAAGGAAAUAGCUACGAAGAUACAGUAAGGAAUGGAUUGGAAAUUCUUCAUCACAGUUGAUGACAUGGGACUGCACCUGGCAAAACGUGAGACCCCUCUGGAAGAAAAGGAGCCAGCGUCAGAACCUGCAGCAGCCCUGACUGCCGCUGAUCCGGAUGACAAUGAGGUUUUUGCUUUGAAAUUCAAUGGGAAGAGUUUUGGAAGAAAAGACAUUCAUCGUCAGCUUUUACCUUCCUUUGCUCAGUGUGACGGAAGAGUCUUCCUCCGCCCUGCCAGUGCUGGCUGCAGAGGUCGAGCGAGUGGGCGGAGCCAUCGUGGCACUGUCAGACUCACCCUGCAUGAUGAUGCCCAGCGGCAUACCCUCGGUGCAGCACACUGCUGUUUGAUUCACUGACUGGAAUUCAUCCAUGGGAGGCAUUGAUGUAACACUUGUUUUUAAUGAGAUACACCAGUAACAUUUAAGUUGGAUUAAACUGUGUAAAAA